GUCCAUGUAACUUAUGUAUGUAUGUUGUAGUUCUUUCAUUCAUAAAAUUGCAAACAUAUUUGAGGUUAGGUUAAAGCGUUUUAAGUUGGUGACGCAGCUCUUUCCGGUCGCCGACACCGCCACCGGGGCGAGAACGUUGGGCGAGAUCGCUAGCGCCCCACCAGCCAAGCGCCGCCAUGUCGUACAUGCUGCAGCACCUCCACAACGGCUGGCAAGUCGACCAGGCCAUCCUGUCCGAAGAAGACCGCGUAGUAGUCAUCCGUUUCGGCCACGACUGGGAUCCGACGUCGAUGAAGAUGGACGAGGUCUUAUACAGCAUCGCCGAGAAGGUGAAGAACUUUGCCGUCAUCUACCUCGUCGAUGUCACCGAGGUGCCCGACUUCAACAAGAUGUACGAGCUGUACGACCCGUGCACCGUGAUGUUUUUCUACCGCAACAAGCACAUGAUGAUCGACCUCGGCACUGGCAACAACAACAAGAUCAACUGGGCGCUCGAGGACAAGCAGGAGAUGGUUGACAUUGUCGAGACGGUGUACCGCGGAGCGCGCAAGGGUCGCGGUCUUGUCGUCUCGCCGAAGGACUACUCGACCAAGUAUCGCUACUAGGUACUGUCGAUAUUCGCGAGAC